ACAUGGAGAAAACUCUCCUAAGAAUAACCGUUACAAUCAUUUUGGCAUUCAGAGUAAAUGCAAUGGAAAAUUGUUCAACACCUUACUCUUCAAUAAUUUAUCAAAACAAAUUAUGUUUGGCAUAUCCUCUUGUCUUCUAUCUGCUUUAAGAUUUAUUAACAUUAUUUUAUGAAUACAUUUCUUAUGAUUUCAGAUCACGGAGGAUGAGUUCAGAACUGGAGAACAUUGCAGCUCAGUUUGGGAGCCUGACUGUGCAUUCAAACCCUGCAGUGUGCAGGGUUGUGUUAACAAAGGUCAUGAGGCUGCAGAUGAAUGGAACAGAUUGUGCCCAGCUUUUGCCAGGGAUGCUGAAGCUUUUGGCUCACCCUGAUCUUGUGACCAAAAAGGCAGUGUACCAUUUCACAGCGCUGUAUGCCAACAAAAACCCAGAGGUUUCACUUCUAGCAGUCAACACGCUGAUGCAGGAAUGCUCAGAUAGUAACCCUGUGAUCCGAGGCCUAGCCCUGAAAACUUUGUCAACUCUUAAUCACGAGUCCUUCAUUGAAUAUGGUCUGAGAGGAAUCAACAUGGGUCUCACAGACAAGAGUGUUUAUGUGCGGCGAGUGGCGGCGUGCUGCUGUGGUAGGCUGUACAAACAGAACGUGGAUAUGUACAAUGACGGGCGUCUGAUCAAUCAGUUGUACACCAUGCUGAGGGACUCCGAUCCCAUUGUGGUGGUGAAUUCUGUGAUGGCUCUAGAGGAGAUUUUAAGUAAGGAAGGAGGGAUAGUGAUCAACAGGAACAUUGCUAACCACCUCCUAAAUAACCUCCAGGGCAUGACUCCUUGGGGUCAAAGCUACGUCCUAAACAUCCUACAGAAAUACAAACCUAAAACACAGGAUGAGCUGUUUAACAUGCUGAACAUUCUCGAUACCUUCCUAGUCAGUAAUCACACUGCCGUGGCGGAGGCUUGUCUACAGUUAUUUCUCAGCCUGAUUUCAAAUCUACCUCACUUACGACCUCAGGUUUUCAAAAGAUACAUCAAGAAUAUUGUGGCAGCAAUUCCACAUGGAAAUACAGAACUAGUUUUCCACAUCUUAGAUCAUCUAAAUUCAUUUAGAGAUGAAAUUAAAGCAGAGUUGCAACCACAUUAUUUAAUAUUUUUCUGUAAAGAAAGUGACCCACUAUAUUUAAAGAAACUCAAGUUAGCAGUGUUACCACAUCUUGCUUUGGAAAAUAAUGCAAAGGAAAUUUUAGGAGAAUUAUUUCUUCAUGCUUCAAACCCAUCCAAGGAGGUGUCUCUUGGUGCUCUAGAAGCUGUCACAGUGGUAUUCAAAUCCAAUCCUACCACUGCACCAACUGUGAUCAAGAAACUGAAACAACUUAUAGACUCAGAGGCCCCACAUUUACUGUCCAAUAUCUUUCAAGUUCUGAAAAAUUUGGAGUUAAAUACAAUUGAUGAAGGACCAGAUAUAAUAAUGAAAAUAGCCGACAAACAUCGAAAAUUGACAGACACUGAAGGUCGCCUGGCAUUCCUUUGUUUACUGUCACAAUAUGGAAAUUUGUUAGAGGAAAGCCCAUACAUUUUAGAAGAGUAUGUGGAAAACUUUCAGAAUGAGACAAACUCUAUCAUAAAAUACCAGAUUUUAAUGACCUGUGUACACGUAUUUUUCCAUCAUCCUGCUGCGAUGCAGGGAAUCCUGGGACAGAUUUUAGAGUUGUGUUUGCAGGACUCGGACAAAUCCAUCCAGAGCCAAGCUUUGUUUUACUAUAGACUUCUAAGCAAUGAUGUCAGACAUGCAAAAAUGAUUAUUUCUACAGAAACAAGGGCAUUACAGUAGUUUUGUCAUGUAUUUUUCAAUUCUUAAGUGCUUUUUGAAUUCAAGGUAUAGGAUUUCUCUAUUGUAUCACAUGGAUCAUUCCAAUAUACAUUGUAAGAUCAUUAAAGACUUUUAAGUACUAUU